AUGGGCCUUGACCUCGCCAAAGCUCUGGACUGUCGUGGCGGCUGGAAGAUUCACAUCCUCGGCCGAAACGAGGCACGUCUUGCGCAGGCGCUGGAAGAACUUCCGCAGGCCAGGGUCCACAAAGCCGACGUGGGUGACUACAAGGACCUCGGAACAGCAUUCCAGACCGUCUUCAGAGAAGAGGGCCGGAUUGACUUUGUCUUUGCGAAUGCGGGUGUCAUCGAGAGAACCAACUUCUAUGCCAACCAUGUCGAAUCCAAUGGUGAUAGUCCGCCCCCGGAGCUGGACCCCACGACCCUUGAAGUAGAUCUCAAGGGGCUGACGUUUACCGCUUAUCUGGCUCUGCAUUAUUUCCGACUGUCGCCCCAUCACGGACAGGGCGCACACUUGGUGAUCAACUCAAGCUGUGGUGGGCUCUAUCCCGCGUACUAUGCCCCGUUGUAUUGCGCUGCCAAGUAUGGAGCCGUCGGGUUCAUGCGAUCCAUUGCGCAACACUUCCGAGUCGAAGGCAUCCAGGUCAACGCCAUCUGCGCCGGCAUCGUGCGCACGAACCUCGUCGACAGCGAAAGCUGGAAUGGUUUCCCUGCGAACCGAUUCACUCCCGUGGAGAUGGUCUCGGCGGUGAUUCUUCUUCUUUUGGAAGGUGGUGAGAGCGACGGCCGUGGCAUUGUUGAUGGCAAGGGCAUCCGCGUUCCGCCUUCUCGGCUGUAUGGAUGUGCCGUCGAGAUCUCGGAUACUCAGUUCUACUUCCGGGAUCAGCCAGAGUAUUGUGAUGAGGGGAUGAAGGAGGUCAUGGGGGCCACGGCACUUGAGAACCAGAUCGGUGCGAUUCUGAGUACGUAG